UAACCCGCUUCAGGUGUCGUUCAUGGAUGGAAAACAUCGAUAUAAAUCGCAGUUGGUACUACGUCCAUUGCUCUACGUGCGAUGAGAAAGUAUAUCCGGAAGAAGACGGAGAACUUCACUUCGUUUGCAAAGACUGUGAGGAUGUCACGCCGAUAUUCAAGUAUAGUGUUAACGCCGUUAUUAACAAUUCUACCAAAGCCAUAGAGGUCGUUUUCUUCAACGAAGGAAUGGAAGCACUCUUGAAGAUAACCUGCAAAGACCUCAUAACAAAGCAUGGUUGCACUGAUCCCAAAAAGCUGCCCCAACAAAUGGCAUCAAUGAUAGGCAAGUCAAAGAUCAUGCACCUAUUACUCAAAAAGGAAAACAAUGUGGUGGUAACAAAUGUCUCGGAAUCAGAGACAACUGUACAAGUCGAUUCACCGGCUCAACAUGUCACGUCCUCAGCCUUGCCUCUAGCAACGCCGAAUCUGAAGGCCAACAAGUUCAAACGUCCGUACGUUGAGUCAGGAGAAUCAACUCAGUACGCCAAAAAAACGCACGAGGACUAA